AACGUCAAUGUCCUCUCUAUGAAAACGAGUACAAGACUACAAGUUUCAAUUUCUAGAAAAUCUGAUGCAAUAUCUAAAAUUCGAUUAUUUGGUGAAAUUCGGUAAAAAAAAUUAAUAAAAAAUAAAUUUAUAAUAUGGCUGAAGAAGAUGCAAUAUUUGAUCCAACUUUGGUGAAAAAAAAGAAAAAAAAGAAGACCGCCUUCGAUUUAGAUGCUGCUUUAGGUUUAGAAGACAGCUCUAACACAAAUGUUGCCGAAAAUGCUAACACAAACGAAGAAUCAUUGGAAACGGGUGGUUUUGGUGGAAAUGAGCUUGACGAUAAUUUAGAUUUAGAAAACUUUGGUAAAAAGAAAAAGAAAAAAAAGAAGACUUUUAAUUUAGACGAUUUGGAUAAUGCUUUACCGACAAAUGAUACGAAUGCAAAUGAUGGUGUAAACGAAGGUGCUGUCGAUGAUGUUAAUCUUGAGGAGGAUGUUGAUCUAGAUAUGGACUUUUCAAAAACAAAAAAGAAGAAAAAGAAAAAGAAGGAUCUAGAUGAGCUGGUCUCAGAGAAGCAAGAAGAUGAGAAAUCCGAUGAAAAAGAAAAUGGCCUAACCGAUACGGAUUUAAAUGUUUGCGAAUUUGUUGACGAAAAUAGUUCAACAUGGGCGGGAUCUGAUCGGGAUUAUACAUAUGAGGAAUUAUUAAAUCGUGUUUUUGAAAUUAUAUUGGAUAAAAAUCCGGACAUGGCAGGUGGUCGAAAACCAAAAUUUGUUAUGCGGCCUCCACAGGUAUUGCGUGUUGGUACAAAAAAGACCUCAUUUGCAAAUUUUACAGAUAUUUGCAAAACCUUGCAUCGUCAGCCUAAGCAUUUAUUAGAUUUUUUACUGGCUGAAUUGGGUACUAGCGGUUCAAUGGAUGGUAACCAACAGUUAAUAAUUAAAGGUCGUUUUCAACCGAAGCAAAUUGAAAAUGUUUUACGAAGAUAUAUCAAAGAAUAUGUUACCUGCCACACAUGUCGUUCUCCCGAAACUAUUCUUCAAAAAGAUACACGUUUAUUCUUCUUACAGUGUGAAUCUUGCGGAUCUAGAUGUUCAGUAGCAAGUAUAAAAUCUGGUUUUCAAGCUGUUACAAGCAAGCGUGCCGCCAUUCGUGCGAAAACGGCUUGAAUCUUUUAAUUUUUUCUUUUGUUUGAAAUCUUUAAAAUCAAAAAAAGAAUUAAUAAAUUUGAGAAUCAAUAUUUCGAAGUCCACAAUAGCUAUUUUAGAUUCAUACUUUUAUUUUUUCUUCAGUCUAGCUCAAUGAAAUUGUCUCAAAAACAAUU